UUUAUUUUUUUUAUUUUUUUUUUUUACACACCGAACCAGGAAGUGCCGGGAGCAUCCUCAGACAUGUAGCCGCGCCGUAGUUCACCUGCUUCGGCUUCGGGACACCGGCUCUUCUCGCGGGACCAUCCGACAAUGCGAUGGGAAACUGCUGGGCUUACUGCGCGGGGCUGUUCCGCAGGGAGGCCGACCGACUGCAGCGGGGAGGCGGGUCCAAGUACUUUCGGAGCAGCACGGUCGGGGAGCAUUACACCAUAGAGUUUGAGAACUUGGUGGAAAGUGAUGAGGGAGCAGAGAGUCCACAGCCCUGCCCCAAGCCGAUCUCGGAGGACGAGAUCAAACACCUGCGCGACCACCACUACUCCGCCCUCUCCGAAAAACAGCUCCACAUCGACAAAAAACUCCAGCAAGAGUUAGAGGCACAAGAGGAGCAGUUAAGGCUAGAAGAGGAGGCUAGGCACGCCGCCCAGCGCGAGGUCGCACGCUCGGCACGAGAGCAGAGGGCCAAGGAGUUGGCGUCUCAGAGGAGCAGAGGCCGAGCCGACGGAGCCACGGAAGAGACCCGAGACCAAAGAAAACAGAGCGAGAAAGGCGUGGAUUUCGACGCCUACCUCCAGAAUGUGAAGGCCCAGUCUGAGGCGUUCAGGAGCAACCGUUUGCCCUCGGACCCGACUGUGGUGACCCCGAACACGGAGCUGAGCUGGGACUUCACCACCAAGACCCGGUCCACAGAGGACGGGACCUCGCUGGACCUGGAGUGGGAGGACGAGGAAGGGAUAAACCGCUCUCUGCCGCCGUGGGAGCGCUCGCGGACGGAGGAGGACAUCCUGAGAGCCGCGCUCAGACCCGGAUCUAAACCCACGUCCGAGGAGUCCACCGCCCUGGAGUGGGAGAACGACUUCAUCAGCUCCCAGGACUGCGCCGAACCGGGGACGGGCCGACCGGACCCGGACCCGCUGGACCAGGACCCGCUGGACCAGGACUUGGACUUGGACUCUGAGUUUGAGGGUUUUGUGAAUCCCGUUUUGGAGCUGGACACUCCGUCGGACGUGGAGGACAGUCACAGAUAGUAGCUCCUCUGGAGCUGCGGCGACUUUUCACGGCGCUGCACCUGAUUUUUACUUCCGAAAAAAACGUUAAAAAACCAAAACUGGUUCAUUCUAAACAUUUCACGAGGUCCAGAGUUUUUCCUCUCGGACCUUCUGCGUUCAGAGCGUCUGAAUUAUUCGGCGCCGUGAGUUUAUACGAGAUUUUUAUAAAGUUCAGACCAGAGAGAAGUUUUACUGUCAAACAAAAAACACCAGGACUGAACAAGGUCUAAAAUGAGACUAAACCUGGACUAAACCUGGACUAAACCUGGACUAAACCUGGACUAAACCAGGUCUAAAAUAAGACUAAACCUGGACUAAACCAGGACUGAACAAGGACUGAACCAGAGACUAAACCAGGACUAAACCAGGUCUAAAAUAAGACUGAACCUGGACUGAACCUGGACUGAACCUGGACUAAACCUGGACUAAACCAGGUCUAAAAUGAGAUUAAACCAGGACUAAAAGAGGUUUAAACCAAGUCUAAACCAGGACUGAACCAGGACUAAACCAGGUCUAAAAUAAGACUAAACCUGGACUAAAUCAAGUCUAAAUCAGGUCUAAAAUGAGACUAAAUCAGGUCUAAAAGAGGUUUAAACCAAGUCUAAACCAGGACUGAAUUAGGUCUAAACCUGGACUGAACCUGGACUGAACCUGGACUAAACCAGGUCUAAACCAGGUUUAAAUCAAGACUUAACCAGGUCUAAAAUUGGACUAAACCAAAACCAGGACUAGCAUGCUAACAGCUGUCCUUCCUGCUCGUCUGACAGUAAAACUCUUCACGUUCGGACUCGACGGACUCGUUGUUUUUUUUUUCACUUCGGGACACGAAAAAUCAGGUCCAGCGCCUUUUUUUUUUAGUUUUUUUUUUUUUUUAGACCCGAGUCCGUUUGGAUCAAAGCUUUUCAGUGCCUUCAUCUGAACCGCCGUCCAUCCUCCGACCGCUCAAACACGACAGGCGCGCGACAGGUGCACCCACAGGCGAGCGGCAGGUGAGCGCCCGCAGACCCACGCCUUUGUUCCCCCGGGUUUAUUUAUUUACGUUUAGUCCUGAAAAGACGUGAAGCGUUUGGAGGCGGCCUGGUGUUUUUGAGCAGAAGUCGAGCCUCGAGGAGAUAAAACCGCGUGUUCUGCCUGUGCCUGAGGUUUUCACGCGGGUCGGGGGUCGAACCGAACACGGACGACUUCACGCUGAUGUUGGGUCGAGCGUAACGAGCCGGCGUCGCUCCAUUUAACCCAACAUUUACCAGACAAAAUAAAAACUGAACAUUUCUGUGUGUUUUGGUGGUGAAAAUCUGCUGACGGGUCAUUUAAAAAAACAUUAAAAUCAUCAGUCAAUCACCAGGACUAAACCAGAACUAAACCAGGACUAAACCAGGUCUAAACCAGGUCUAAACCAGGUCUAAACCAGGACUAAACCAGGACUAAACCAGAACUAAACCAGGACUA